UAUUAUUUUUGUAACAUGUUAUCUUGAGCUCAAACAACAAAAGUUAAUGUGGAACACUGGCCCUAGAAUGGGUGUGUGAGUAGCAGAACAGAACAUUGGGCCUAAUUAUUGUCCUUUUAAAUUAAAGGAUAUCGUAAGCCCAAUUUUGCGAACCUAAAAAAGCCCAACUAGUAAUCAAUUACCCAAUUACGUGUGAUACAAGCUGGUUGACUUGGUCAAAGUCGGUUUGUUGAAGACGCGUCUAAUUUGACACGUAUACACGUAUUACUUACGCUACACGGGUAAGUCGGCAAAUGUAACCGACUCUCCAAACGUUAUAAGUUUCCAUUGCUGUACUUACCAGACUCUCAUUGUCGAACCUUCCUGAGCUUCUCCUGUUAGAUUUUGCCGCAAAUGGACCGCCGGCGGGUUGCUUCUUUGGAAUCGUUAUUAGCGGCGAGUAGAGAGUGGCGAUGCCCCUCUGGCCCUGAGACCGUGUCUCCUCUCGAUCGGAGUUGGUGUUUUCCAGCGGAUGUCCGACGGUAGGGUUUCGUGGUGUUUAUCGGUGAGGGAAUCGUUAUACUCUUCUUCUAAUUGCUCCUCGUCUUUGCUCUUCUACGCAUAUGCUUAUCUAGAUUUUUGCGAAGCCCAAUUCUAUCGCUUGAUGCAAAGUUUGGUUUGAUAUCGUUUGAAACCAGUUACGUGGUAAAAGGAUGUGCUAAAUCUGCAAUUUAGUUGCUUCGUGAGCCCUAAUUCCGACGGUUUUAAGAUGCACGAGUUGUGGCUCCAUAUUUUUUCUUAUGAUACAGAAAUUGUGGGUGAUCCAUUCAGGGAAUUUGCAAAAGUUGAUGGGAACGCGGGUAAUUGGUGGUGCGAUUUUCAUAUACGGUCUGUUGGAUGGUUUCUUUGACACUAACGAAGUCGGUGGUUAGGGGUUUUCUAUUGAUCGGGCCAGUUAGGGUUUGAGUGCAGCCAUGAUCGUGUGCUCGUUAAAGAUAUAACCUUGCGGGUCUUUUGGGUAUACAUUUACGUCGAGAAGGUCAAGUGUUUUCAUGACUAUCAUAUAUAUUACAUGAAUGGGGUGGUCCAUUUUGUAUUUUGUUGCUUGGUGGUGAAAUCCUUUCAGUGGUAUAACUCCUUAUGUCCCUUCUCUGUUGCCUAGACUUUUUGUAUUCGGAUGGAAAAUCUCAGAGUUGCGCCUUAAUUUGCUUAUGAACGCACUAGUUGUGAUAACUAUCCUUUGAUGUACUAGCCUAAUACCUGAUAUUGUUGUUGGUUGAUGAUGCCAUGAUUAUGUCUAUUUGGUUGUUUUUGUUGCCACCUGGCUGUCCUAUAUUUCUGUACAAAUUAAAUUGUUUCAUUCAAGUUCUGCCAAUUGUAGUCGAUUAAGUGAAUCUGAACUCUGCAAUGUUCAUUAAAUCAGUGGUCUCCUCAUGUUCUGUUGUAGUCUGGUGACCCACAAAUAUCUGUUGCCUUCUUGGUCUAAGUUGAAGCGAUGGUUUAGCGAUUAUAGUUACCUUUCUGCUCUAUCCUUUUCUGAAUGGAGUCCUAGAUGGGAGCUUUGGAAUAGUUAAUAGAAACCAAGUACAUACAUGGACUGGAGGCCAUGUUUGAGGAAAGAAAGCUGUUCUGAAAGUUGUGUCCCUUUUUCCCUAUAAAUGAAGCUGUGCCUAACUAUUCCAGCUGCCCAUCUGCUCUAUCCUAUUCAGUGAUUGCCUUAACUAGAGUCCUAGAUGGGAACUUUGGAAUGAUUAAAUAUUGACUGAGAAAAUACAUGGAUUGGUGGCCAUGUUUGAGUAACAAUGUUGGAUGUCCGAAAUGCCAUCAAUUAUUUAAUCAUUCCAGUUGCCCUUCUGCUCUAUCCUGUGAAGACCAAGUCUUACAUAGAUUCAUACAAGGUGUCUUUGGAUUUAGUGAUUCCAACUGAAUAUACAUACAUGGAUUGGAGGCCAUGUUUGAGAAAGAAAUUUGGUCCGAAAGUUGUGUCCCAUUGUUUCUUUAAUUGAAGUUGUCCCUAACCAUUCCAGCUGCCUAUAUGCUAUAUGUGGUUGGCUUAACUAGAGUCCUAGAUGGGAACUUUAGAGUGAUUAAAUAUUGACUGAGAAACUACAUGGAUUGGUGGCCAUGUUUGAGUAACAAUGCUGUAUGUCCGAAAUGGCAGCAGUUAUUUAAUCAUUCUAGUUGCCCUUCUGCUCUGUCCUGUGAAGACCACGUCUUUAUAAAAGUCAUAGAAGGUAUCUUUGGAGUUGGUGAUUCGAACUGAAUAUACAUGGGUUGGUUGCUCUUAAGUAUUGUGUCCCUUUGCUCUAUCUUGUGAAGAAAAAGGUCACAAAUUUGGUCUUAGAAAGGGUACUUUGGAGUGAUUGAUACUAACUGAGAUAUACAUGGACUGGUGGUCAUGUUGUUGCUCCAAAUCUUUUGUCCCUUUGCGUGUUAUUAUGAGAUAAUCACGAUUGUUUGUUGACUGAAAAGAACUAGUAGGAAUCCUAGAGGAGGGGCCUUAUCAAUGAUUACUGUGGAAAUACUGUCCGUUAUGUCAGGUUGCGUGUUAUUGUCCUGCAUAUCUUCUGCUGGAUUAUUCAGUUGUUAAUCUUCCCAAGUCUGACACGGAAUUACAGCUGGAAUGUGCCCGAGUCAUGGAAGAGUUGGCGCUACUGCAUUUGUCCGAGUUGGCCUUGAUAAGGAGACUACCUACCCUGCCAAAUCUGGCGAACUAGUGCUUUUGCCCUUUUCUUUUGCUUUUUAAAUGCAUUAUUGAAGUGAAGAAGUCUUUAGAAUCUUCAAGCAUUAUGCUGCAGACACUCCAUGGAGAGUAAUUUGAUGUUGCUACUAAUAGAAAUGUCCACAUCCAAGAGUAGUUGAUGAGUGAAUCAAAGUCUUAAAAUUACAGUUAUGAGGUUUCCCAAGAUUCCAUCAACUAUGGAGUUCUCAAAGGAUGAUUUUGGUACGAUCCACUUUUUGGUUGAUGUUGCGCAUAUCCCUCUUUUGAGAGUUGAUAGCUGGAACCUCAUGGGUAUACGUAUGAGAUUUCCCUAGGGUAAAACAAGUUGUUAAUGGUUUGUUUUCAAACACAUUAUUUGCAGCUACUGCAUAGAACUAAAGGUUGCAUGUAUCUGCAUGACUUACUUUUUGAACUUGCAAUUUAACUUGUGAUUGUAAAUGCAAGUUAUUACUGGAAGGUCUUGGCAGGGUGACUUUACUAAUCUCUGCUUAAAGAUUAUGGCUGUGACAAGCGAGCAAAGUUUACAUUUGGUCUCAAAAGUAAAAGCUUGCUUAAUCUGGUUGUUCUUUUUGCCUUUUUGACACACAUUAGUUGGAACUUUGUUGGUUUAAAUUAAUAAUGGUUCUUUUCUUGGGGAUUCAGUGUUGCAGUAAACUAUUAAUAGGAAGGCUCAGAAGAGAAGCUUAGCUUACUCAUUUCCUCACUUGAAGCUUUGUAUUGUGACCGGGUCCCAGACAAAAAUUAAGCCAGUCUUGGCUCUCCUUCAGAAUCAGGGGACAUUAUGAGAAUGCUUAAGUGGAAGUAAAAGGUACUGGACUAGGAUGUUCCUUUGUAUUACCACCAUGAGGCUUUAGUUGGGAUUCAUUGUUCUCCUGUGGUUGCAAAUUGUGCAUGUUGAUUGGGUGACAGAAAUCAUCUUGUUCAGUACUGGAUUUUGAACAGUAAAUCUCUAAGAAGGGUCCUGGCAAGGAAGAGGGUUCACUGGUUAACUAUUUUCCGAUUUCAAACAUAAGAGAAUGUAAGCUUGCUGUAAUUUGGUUCCUGUCAUGAACAUUUGUAUCUUAUACUCUCAGAAAUCAGUUUUUGGGUGAAAAUCUAUCUUCUCAUGACUUGAUAGAAAGAUAUUAGUCCUUUACUUCAUCUGUCGAUCCAAUAUCAUUUCGUUGAUAUCUGGAGACUAGAAAGGUACUUGGGAAGGGUUGUGGAUAGAAUUCCCUACUUAAUAAUGCAAGCUAGAAGUUAUAUGCUAGGGAGAUACUGUUCUUUUGGUUGUACUUGUGUGUUCCAAACAGAAUGCAGGUUCGCAAAGUUCCUAUCCUAGACGGGUCGGUUUGUUUCUCCUGUAACCAUUAUGCUGGAUUUGUACUUGCAUAUUGUUUUGACAUCAUUGCAGCGACGCGUCUUGCUUUCAGGUCAUUUCUGGUCAAGCAUUCAAACCUUCAAAAGAUAUUUGCUUGCUGCUGGAUUCUCACCUGGCGACCCUUAAAGAGGGGUCCUAGAAGCAAUCCUACUUAAAUGGUUCGGUUUGGCUUGGUUGAAACAUGCAAGUUCAUUACAAUUUACAAGUCUUGAGGUGGAGCUAGAAAUUCUAUUUGUCCAAGUGAUAUGAUGCUGAGCAUCCUGUUUUUGCAAGUUGGAAGGAAGAUUCAUACAUAACAACACUGUUUUCUGUCCUUGAAGAUAUAUCUGCAGCACCAUCUGGUUCUUGAACUCACGAUUCAAUGAGAGCAUGUUUUGGAAGGUGUGGACAACCCUACCUCUGACAAGUUUUGUUUCUUUGUGAGAUUCUUGCGUUCUUCAGGAUGUCGAUACUUCUAUGCUACUCUUGUUGUUCAUUUAUUAUUUCCUUAGAACUAUUGAAAGUACUGAUGGAAUCCUAGCUUUGACAUAGUGCUGGAAGUGUAAACCUUGGGGUUGAGAGAUUAGUGAUGAGCUUAUACAUCUUCAUGAAUUCUAUCAGCUAAACUAGAAGUUGUACUGCCUUCAUUUUGUAAUGAAGUUGAUUCAUUCCUCAGUUAUAUUAUGCGAUUAAGGAAUGUCCUCUUGAUGUUUAUAAUGUGAUUGUGGACCAUUGCGACUGUGAACAUGAAAGCUGAUGUUGGAUCUUUGACUGACCAAAGCCAUUACCUUUCAUCCGGUCUUCUGUUGGCAGAACUCAAGGAAUACAGAUUCUUAUUACAU